UGAAAACAGUUGCGACUGCAACGUCGGUGCGACGACGACGUCGGAAACGUCCUAGUUUCAAUAAUUCUCCAAAAGGAUAAAAACAUACUUCAAAUACUACAAUAUUAUUCAAAAGAAGUCCGUUGAAAAACUAUUUAAUAAAAUAAAUCAGUACAAAAUGUUUGCUUAGCAAAGCUGGAAAUUGCGCAUACGCCGCGUAGUGCAAGAAUAAUACAAAGCAAAGAUAAUUAAACUGUGAUAUACAUUAUAAUUUGAAUUUUUAUACUGUGUAUAUAUUUUACAACAACAAAAUCCACAAACCAUGUCGGUCCCAAUGUUAUUGACGCCCAUGGAACCUCAGACUCCGGAUGAGCACAUGCAAAAUUGUGCCGCCUAUGCAGAUGCUGCUUCGAUCACAGCUGACGACAACUAUGCCACUGGCAACGAGCUACUCGAGGCAGCUCCCUCAACCGGUUGCAAGCCGACGCUGAGGCAGUUCAAUGUACGAUUGCAGACCGCACUUGCGGCCGAGGAGCAACUGGCGCUUACCGGCGAUGUCAAGGCGCUGGGCGAGUGGCAACUUUCGCGCUGCGUGCCCCUGGAUCGUCUCGACGAGCUCAGUUGGCAGACAACGGUGCGUCUGCAAUCGUGCCGCCAGAUCGAGUAUCGCUACUUUGUCUACGUGGAAGAUGCGGCGGGUAACAAGCAGAUUCGUCGCUGGGAGACACACUUCAAGCCACGUUUGCUGCUGCCCUGCCCCGAACAGCAGUGCAACAGUCCAGUGGACGCCUUUGGCAUUGCCAAUCCCCUGGAGAACACACAAUCACAAGUGCACCGUGGCUGGCUCAAUCAUGAGGCGAUCGUGCAACUCAAAUUCAAUGGCGAGAAAAUGUUUCAAGUGCACGACAUCGAGACCUUUGACCCACAGCAUGUGCAACUAAAGAUUGUGCCCGUCGAGCAAUCAUCUGGCCUUCACGUGGAGUACUCCAAGCAGCUCUACGGUCGCAGUCAGCUGCAGUUGCAGCCACAGUUUGGUGUGCCGUAUACCAAAGGCGACAUUGUCAUCUUUCACAUCACGUUGCCGCUGGAGCAGAUGAUGCUGCAGCACUUCCGCCUGGAGUGCUAUAGUCUGGAUCACCAGCUGCUAGGCAGCGCCACCUUGAAUGCUGCCCAACUCACAGGCAGCGAGGGAUUACUCCAGCUGCACAUCAAGUCCGCCCAGCGACCCGACGAGACGCUGGCCAGGCUAAGAUUGCCCUAUGUUUUGGUGCAGCCUUAUCAAUACUCGCCGCUGGACUUCAAGACCACCUAUGCCCACUACUGGCCACGCAGCUGGCCCAAUCUGGAUGUCGGACAUCGCGGCAAUGGCAAAAGCUACAUUGCUGAGGCGCCGCAAGAGCGUGAGAACACAAUCGCCUCCUUCCUGAGUGCGCAUGCGCAUCACGCUGAUAUGGUGGAGUUGGAUGUGCAUCUCACGGCGGAUGGUAUUCCGGUGAUCUAUCAUGACUUUGGACUGCGCACAGCGCCGCCUGGCAAGCAGAUCGAGAAGCCUGAUCAGCUGGAGUAUGUGCUGAUCAAGGACAUCAACUAUGAGCUGCUCAAGCGUCUGCGCAUCUUCUCGGUGAUCAACGGCAAAGUGUUUGAGUAUCCCGCUCACAAUGCUGAGCCACGCACAGAGCAUCGCAUCUUCCCCCGGCUGGUGGAGGUGCUGCAGCAGCUGCCCAAGUCGCUGGGCAUCGAUGUGGAGAUCAAGUGGCCACAACGUCGUCAAGGCGGCGGCUCCGAGGCGGAGCAGACCAUCGACAAGAACUUCUUCGCCGAUCGCGUACUCCACGAAGUGAUUCGCUAUGGCUGUGGCCGGCCGUUGAUCUUCUCCAGCUUCGAUGCCGAUAUGUGCACUAUGCUACGCUUCAAGCAGAACAUCUUCCCGGUGAUGUUCCUCACCCAGGGCGAGACCAAGAAGUGGCAACCCUUCAGCGAUCUGCGCACACGCAACUUCAUGGCUGCUGUGAACAAUGCUCAGGCCUUUGAGUUGGCCGGCACAGCGCCGCAUGCUGAGGAUUUUCUGGGCGAGAAUGCCGCCCAGAUGCUGCAACAGGCUCGCGAUCAAGGCCAAAUUGCCGUCAUCUGGGGUGAUGACUGCAAUUCGAAGGAGCGCGUACAGUAUUUCACACAGAUUGGAGCCACAGCCACCUGCUACGAUCGCAGUGAUCUCUAUAUGCCCGAGGCCAAGCAGCGGGCCUUCUUCAAUUCCAGCGCCCUGCUCGCCGAGUUCGAGGGUCAGUGCCGGAUCUAGCAUGGGAUGCAUAAAAAGGGGCGGGUAGUCAUAGUCUAAAUAUAUAUAGUCGCUAUAAUAUAGAGCGAAGUUCACACGGCUCCACAAAAAAAGAUUGUAAAUAUUUAAGCGAAAUAGAAAAUGUAUAAAGAAAAGAAAAAUAUGUGUGAACCGAAGCCAAGUCCUAUUGAUGCUAUCUUCUAUAUUGAUUUAAGUUUGUAAAUUGUUUUUUGUAUAUUUAUUGAAAUUAUCUUUUGAGCCCAGAUAUGCCGUCUAAUAACAAGCAUCAAGUCCAAAA